UUUCUUUUCUUCUCGCGUUGCUCGUCCCUUGCUCUUCAGAGGAAGCAAAGGCUACAGCCCUAGCGAAGACGAAAGAAAGAGAGGGGGAGGAAGAUGGAUGUGGUGAAGGCCCAGCAGUUGUCCGGUAGGGCGGUGGAGAAGGUGAUCGUCCACCCGCUGGUGCUGCUCAGUAUCGUCGACAACUACAAUCGCGUCGCCCGCGACACCCGCAAGCGCGUUGUCGGCGUCCUACUCGGAUCUUCCGCCAAGGGCACGGUCGACGUCACCAACUCCUACGCAGUGCCUUUUGAAGAGGAUGAGAAGGACUCGAGCAUUUGGUUUCUGGAUCACAAUUAUCAUGAGUCAAUGUUUUCUAUGUUCAAAAGAAUAAAUGCAAAGGAGCACGUUGUGGGUUGGUAUAGCACAGGGCCCAAGUUACGGGAAAAUGAUUUGGAUAUCCAUGCUUUGUUUAAUGACUAUGUUCCAAAUCCUAUCUUGGUAAUCAUUGAUGUCCAACCUAAAGAGCUUGGCAUACCUACAAAAGCAUACUAUGCUGUGGAAGAGGUCAAAGAGAAUGCGACACAGAAAAGUCAGAAAGUGUUUGUCCAUGUGCCCUCAGAAAUUGCAGCUCAUGAAGUUGAGGAAAUUGGAGUCGAACACUUGUUGAGAGAUGUCAAGGAUACAACAAUCAGCACCCUAGCGACUGAGGUCACUGGCAAACUCGCGGCUCUGAAGGGGCUAGAUGCAAGGUUACACGAGAUACAAAGUUAUCUAGAACUUGUCAUUGAUGGGAAACUGCCUCUGAAUCAUGAGAUUUUGUACAACUUGCAGGACAUUUUCAAUCUACUUCCAAACCUCAAUGUGAAUGAAUUAAUCAAGGCGUUUGCAGUGAAAACAAAUGACAUGAUGCUAGUUAUAUACCUCUCUUCUCUCAUCCGAAGCGUUAUCGCCCUUCACAACCUGAUUAACAAUAAAAUGUUAAACAAGGACCACGAGAAAGCUGAAGACUCCAAGCCUUCUGCAACUACUGCUACUGUAAACUAGGAUCGCAUAACCCUAUACCUUCUGCUACAAGUAUUUUUAUGCACUGAAACAGGAUCACUUAGCUUAUGGAUUUCACUAGUUGGUUAGUUUAUCUAGAGGUCGAUUUUGCACCAAACGUCGUCUGGAUUCUUGCUUGGCCGCCAAAUUCGCUCCAAUGUGUUAUCACAUAGCAAAAACAUUUAAUUCAUUCGAAGGUGAUACUUUUAUUAUGAUUAUCAAUCUGUUAGUCGGAUCAUCUAUUCAAAGUAUUUUGGGCUCAAAUCAAAUAAAUAGUUUAUGGUGUAAAUUUUAAUUUAUUUUAUUUUUGUGGUAA